AUGCCGCUGCCGAAUCCGGUUCCAACAGCACCAGCGCGUCCAAGUGUCCGACGGAAAGGUUCCGUCACCGUAAAAAAGUGCAAUUUUCUUUCAUUGCUGGUCACGUCACCACGACCAACGUCGUCGGCGUGGCAGCUGGUUCGAUUGCGUGAACGAAACACUCUCCACUCCAUUCCGUGCGUGCGUCGUGCGUCUUCCGUCACCUCGUGGCAGGGCAACAACAACGGUUGCUUUGUUAUUUCUAGCUCGUCGCGAGUGUUUGCUUUGGUGAAUCCAAAUUCCGUUUCGUACGGUGGGUGUGAUAAGCAAAGUGUAGCCGUAAACCAUUUCGCAAGCUCGCUGCUGUGUCCUUCCGCAAAGGCACAUUAUCCGUACCAACGGCGCAACAUCACCUCAAGCACCACCAUCGCGAACAUCAGUGACGUGUCCGAAACAAGUGAAUACAAAAUGUCCGCAGUCAGCACCGGUACCGGCGGGAAGCCCGAAUUUCAGCGCCUGCCAACCAAUGUCGUGCCGGAACAUUAUCAGCUGCAGCUGAAACCGAACCUGACCGCGCUAACGUUCGAGGGUUGCACGACGGUGGAUCUGAAGGUUUCAACGGUCACGGAUCGCAUCACGCUAAACGCACUGGAUCUGAAGAUCGGCACAGCGACCGUUACGUUCAACGAGCAGAAACUCACCGCCCAGGACAUACAGUUCGAUGCGGACCAGGAAACGGCAUGCUUCGUCUUUGGGUCGGAAAUACCGGUCGGUUCCGCUAAACUGACGGUCGAAUUUAGCGGCGAACUUAACGACAAGAUGAAGGGUUUCUAUCGUAGCAAAUAUUUCUCCGCAACCGGUGAGGAACGGUACGCGGGUGUGACGCAGUUCGAGGCAACGGACGCACGCCGAUGCUUCCCGUGCUGGGAUGAACCGGCAAUUAAGGCCACCUUUGACAUUUCGCUAGAUGUGCCGCAAAAUCUUGUCGCCCUGUCAAACAUGCCGGUCGUACAGCAGAAACCAAACGAGGCCGACAAUACCGUGCUGGUUACGUUCGAUCGGACACCCAUCAUGUCUACCUACCUGGUGGCGGUUGUAGUGGGUGAAUACGAUUACGUUGAGGACACAUCGUCCGACGGUGUAUUGGUGCGCGUUUACACACCGGUCGGUAAGCGCGAGCAGGGUCGCUUUGCGCUGGACGUAGCGACUAAGGUGCUGCCGUACUAUAAGGAUUACUUUAACAUUGCCUAUCCACUGCCCAAGAUGGAUCUGAUUGCUAUUUCGGACUUUUCGGCCGGUGCCAUGGAGAACUGGGGAUUGAUCACGUAUCGGGAAACGUUCGUGUUGGUCGAUCCGGAGAAUACGUCCCUUAUACGGAAGCAAUCGAUCGCACUGACGGUAGGGCACGAAAUCGCUCACCAGUGGUUUGGCAAUUUGGUCACGAUGGAAUGGUGGACACAUCUGUGGUUGAAUGAAGGGUACGCAUCGUUUGUUGAAUUUCUGUGCGUUGACCAUCUGUUCCCGGAUUACGACAUCUGGACGCAGUUCGUAACGGAUAUGUAUACGCGCGCGCUCGAGCUGGACUGUUUGCGAAAUUCGCACCCGAUCGAGGUGCCGGUAGGCCAUCCAUCCGAGAUAGAUGAGAUCUUUGACGAGAUUAGCUACAACAAGGGUGCUAGCGUUAUCCGGAUGUUGCACCAUUACAUUGGGGAUGAGGAUUUCAAGCGAGGAAUGAAUCUGUACCUUACCCGACAUCAGUACAACAAUACUAAAACGGAAGACUUGUGGAAUGCUCUGCAGGAAGCAAGCAGUAAACCGGUCGGUGCCGUCAUGUCGACUUGGAUCCAACGUAUGGGCUUUCCGGUGGUGCAAGUUCUGUCCUCGAAACAGCUCGAUGGUAACCGUCGUUUGCUGAACAUCGCUCAAUCAAAGUUCUGUGCGGAUGGAUGUGAAGCACCGGAGCAGUCGCUUUGGCUUAUCCCGAUCAACAUCUCCACACCAUCGUCGGCUAAUGCCGUUUCAACCGUGCUGGAGACGUCCACGGCCGAAAUCACGGUAGAGGGCGUUGGAGAGCAGGACUGGGUGAAGAUAAAUCCUGGCACAAUCGGAUACUAUCGUACGCAGUAUCCGGCGGAAAUGUUGGACCAGUUUCUGCCAGCGAUUAAGAAUAUGACAUUGCCACCGCUCGACCGGUUGGGACUGAUUGACGAUCUUUUCGCGCUGGUACAGGCCGGCAAGAGUGCUACCGUUGAUGCCUUGAAGGUGAUCGAUGCGUACCGGAACGAAAACAACUACACCGUAUGGUCAUCGAUUUCGAACUGCUUGGCGAAGCUGCAGCUUCUGCUGGCCCACACACCUGCCGAGAAGCAGUUCGGCGAGUACGGUGUCCGCCUCUAUCAACCGGUGGCCGAGAAGCUUGGUUGGGAUGUAAAGCCGGGUGAAAGCCAUCUCGAUACGCUGCUUCGUUCGCUCGUUCUCGGGCGUCUAGUGUCUUUUGGAUGUAAAAAAACGGUAGCAGAAGCUAAGCGAAGAUUUGAGGAACACGCACAAAACAAGAGCGUCCUACCGGCCGAUCUACGCAGCACCUGCUACCGGGCCGUUCUCCAAAACGGUGACCUAGCAACAUACGACGAAAUGCUACGCCUGUACCGGGCGACCGAUCUGCACGAGGAGAAGGAUCGCAUUUCGCGCGCCCUCGGAUCCAUCGGCAAUGUGGACAUCCUGCGGAAGGUGAUCGAUUUCGCAAUGUCGGAAGAGGUGCGCGCUCAGGACGCCGUGUUCGUGAUCGUUUCGGUCGCGCUCAACCCGAAAGGGCGCGAUAUGGCGUGGGACUAUUUCUGCGAACACUGGAAGGUACUGCUGAACCAGUACGAGGGUGGCUUCCUGCUGGCCCGUUUGAUCAAGUACCUGACGGAGAACUUCUCCACCGAGGAGCGAGCGCGCGAGGUGGAACAGUUCUUCCGCGAGCACGAGUUCCCCGGCACCGAGCGGACCUUGUCACAAUCGAUCGAAACCAUUCGCUUGAACGCGGACUGGAUGAAGCGUGAUCUGGACGCUAUAUCGGCUUACCUGAAGCAGCAGGAAGCGGAACAACAGUAG